CUAAGCACCACUGUGAUUGUGAGAUCCCCUUUUCAUCGUUCUUUACUCAUUGUCAUUGGGUUCCAUACAAAGAACGCAACGCAACCUCGUAAUCCCAAUCCUAAAGUGUCCACGUGUACAAGCAUCCAUACGUGAACCUUUACUCACUCUAUCUCUUUGCACUCUGAAGACAGAGACAGACACACAGACAGGGAAGUCACAUGACCGACUAUUAAUGGCUUUGAAGCUUUGCUAAGUUUACCUCCGUUGAGGGUUGUCUUACUGGGUAUUGUGAAGCGAAAAAACCCAGUUUUUUGAGAUCUGAGGCAAAACCCAGUUGGGAUGGCGGGGCUUCAGUAUCAGACUCAUGGGAAAGGAGCACUUGCUGGGCUUUUGGUGCUGCUCAUUCCGGUGUUCUUGCCAAGUUUGUUCAGCCCAUUAGGCCAUGCCUCGCCUUCCAUGUUCUCGGAAUGGAAUGCUCCAAAACCAAGGCACUUGCGUCUGCUCAAGAGUGCUUUACAACGUGAAACUACAAAUGCACAGCAGUCAGAUCUCUGGAUUCCUUUGGCCAACGAAGGAUGGAGACCCAGUGUUGAAUCUACAAAACCCCCUUCAUUACCAGAGAAAUCUCAGGGAUAUAUUCAGGUAUUUCUUGAUGGAGGGUUGAACCAGCAGAGAAUGGGGAUUUGUGAUGCAGUUGCCGUUGCUAAAAUACUGAAUGCUACGCUUGUUAUCCCACAUCUUGAAGUGAAUCCUGUUUGGCAAGAUUCAAGCUCAUUCAUGGAUAUAUUUGAUGUGGAUCACUUUAUCAACGCAUUGAAGGAUGAUAUUUCUAUAGUUAAGGAGCUGCCUUAUGAGUUCUCCUGGAGUACAAGGGAGUAUUAUGCUACUGCAAUCAGAGCCACCAGAAUUAAGACAGCGCCAGUUCAUGCUUCGGCAAACUGGUAUCUAGAGAACGUAUUGCCUAUACUACAAAGUUAUGGAAUUGCUGCAAUUUCCCCAUUCUCUCAUCGUCUGGCUUUUGACAACUUGCCCAUGGACAUCCAGCGGCUACGUUGUAAAGUUAACUUCCAGGCAUUAGUUUUUGUUCCUCAUAUUAGUGCACUUGGUGAUGCUCUUGUCAGCCGCCUUCGCAAUCCAUCUGGCAAAAGUGGCGCACUUGGCAAGAACUACCUCCAGGAGAGCACAGAAGGGGCGGGGAAGUUUGUGGUGCUACACCUUCGGUUUGACAAAGAUAUGGCGGCCCAUUCCAUUUGCUCAUUCAUUAGCCUUGUCAUUGUGCAGGAUAUGGCGGCCCAUUCAGCCUGUGAUUUUGGUGGGGGCAAAGCUGAAAAACUGGCUCUAGCCAAGUAUAGACAAGUGCUUUGGCAGGGAAGAGUCCUUAACUCCCAGUUCACUGAUGAAGAGUUGAGGAAUCAGGGGCGUUGCCCAUUGACUCCUGAAGAGAUUGGAUUGCUUCUUGCAGCUUUGGGCUUUGACAACAGCACUCGGCUCUAUCUUGCAUCACACAAGGUAUAUGGUGGAGAAGCUAGAAUUUCAACUUUGCGAAAACUGUUCCCAUUAAUGGAAGAUAAAAAGAGCCUAGCUUCUACGCUGGAACGGGCUCAGAUUAAAGGAAAGGCUUCCUUAUUAGCUGCGGUCGAUUACUAUGUUAGCAUGCACAGCGACAUCUUUAUCUCUGCUUCUCCAGGAAAUAUGCACAAUGCAUUGGUGGGACAUCGAACUUAUGAGAACCUGAAGACUAUAAGGCCGAACAUGGCAUUGCUGGGCCAACUUUUCCUAAAUAAAAGCAUUAGUUGGUCAGAUUUCCAGCAGGCAGUGAUAGAAGGGCAUGAAAACAGACAAGGACAGAUAAGAUUAAAAAAACCAAAGCAGUCAAUUUACACAUAUCCUGCUCCUGAUUGCAUGUGCCAUGCUUGAAGUCAAUUUACACAGAUUUAAGGAUGUGAGGGUUGUCUUCUGUAUCUCACGAUUUGGUACACACUUCAACUAUUGUUUGUGAGUAGUGGCCUCAUAAACGUAUUGAUAAAUAAGAGUCUCAAUCCCAUACCUCCUAUUCGUAGUCCCGUUCAUGUAAUAAUAUCAUGUUAAAUAGUUUGCUGUGUUUUACUGAGAGGAUGGGAGAGUGAUGUUGAGAAUGAGUUUGUAUUCAUCAAUUUCUUCCCUAAUUAUGAAGCACUUUUUUAA